CUUCAUAAUUAUAGAUUGUGUAAUUGUAGAUUAUACAGAUUGUAAAUUAAUCUUGCCCUCUAGAUUGUGUCCUUCUUUUCUGCAAAGCGGUCCCCUUACUUUGGUGUGAUUAUGUGAUACAGUGAUUUUCACACCCCGGUCCGUGAUGUGAUGUGAGUUGGAAUAGUGGGAGAAUCCUAUGGUGGUGCUUUGGCUGGUAGGCGACCUCUGCAAAGUGCAAGGCUUUCUUUCGCAAUUCAGGCAUCCACAAGCCAGACUUCCUCCGGGCGAUGGGACGGUAUGAGCGGGAAGACUGAGGGUCUUGCAGAGGGCCUCUCCUCGACUGCCCCCCAUCCACAGAGCUGAAAUUCUGCCCUCGUUCCUGGGCAAACUGAAUCAUCAGAUUAAGACAGGAAGCUAUCCUCUCUAGGAGUCAGGCAAGAAAGCAUGACAGAGCGCUGUCCCCAAGAGGCAGGCAGCCUCCCAGUUGAAUCAUGGAUAUCUGUAAGAUACACCAGCACACCCUGGGGAACCCCUGCGGAAACUGCUGCUUGUUUCUUACAAGCCAGACACCUGAGGCUCUGUCGGUGGUGAGCGACGACCAGUCCCUCUUCGACUCUGCCUACGGAGCGGCGGCCCAUCUCCCCAAGGCCGACAUGACCGCCUCAGGGAGUCCUGACUAUGGCCAGCCCCACAAAAUCAACCCCCUCCCGCCGCAGCAGGAAUGGAUUAAUCAGCCGGUGAGGGUCAAUGUCAAGCGGGAGUAUGACCACAUGAAUGGAUCCAGGGAGUCUCCAGUGGACUGCAGUGUUAGCAAAUGCAGCAAGCUAGUUGGUGGAAGUGAGUCCAACGCCAUGAACUACAACAGCUACAUGGAUGAGAAGAACGGCCCCCCUCCUCCCAACAUGACCACCAACGAGAGGAGGGUCAUCGUCCCCGCAGACCCCACGCUGUGGACUCAGGAGCACGUGCGGCAGUGGCUGGAGUGGGCGAUAAAGGAGUAUGGCUUGAUGGAGAUCGACACAUCCUUUUUCCAGAACAUGGAUGGCAAGGAACUGUGUAAAAUGAACAAGGAGGACUUCCUCCGAGCCACCUCCCUCUACAACACGGAAGUGCUGUUGUCACACCUCAGUUACCUCAGGGAAAGUUCACUGUUGGCCUAUAACACGACCUCCCACACAGACCAAUCCUCACGACUGAGUGUCAAAGAAGACCCUUCUUACGACUCAGUCAGGAGAGGAGGAUGGGGCAAUAACAUGAAUUCUGGCCUCAACAAAAGCCCCCCACUUGCAGGAGCACAAGCAAUGAGUAAGAAUACUGAACAAAGGCCCCAACCAGAUCCAUAUCAGAUCCUGGGCCCGACCAGCAGUCGCCUAGCCAACCCCGUUGCCGGCCGGGCUGGAUGCCGUCCAUUCACCCCGCUGCCUUGGAGCGCGGCGCGCAGACAGCCGGAGCCGGCUCGGGCUCAGCCCCGCGACUGGGUCCCUGCCUCCUGCCCUGGAUCCCCAACCCAGCUUCUCAGGAGACAGCGGCCAUUCAGCGGAGAGAAGUGGGGCGGGUCUGGCCUCUCCAUCAGUUUAGGGAGACCGAGAGCGCGGGGCCAUUACCACGUCUUGAAGAGGCUUUGGGGAGCCUUCCACCCGCACCCGGCGGCCAGAGGCGGUUGUCCAACGUCAAGGGUGGAGGGCUGGAGGCGGAAAAAGACACCGGAGCCUAGGAAGCAGGAAGGGCCUAACUCAGAGCGAUUCUGGAAGGCAGAUAGAAAAGCUGGGGUCAGAAAGUAGAGAGACGGGAAGGAAAUCAGAGAUAGAUACAGUAAGCCAUUCCUGUCAAGAUCAGACAGCAGGAGAACCUAGGGCCCGGCUGGCCAACUGAGGCAGGAGAGGGAUCGGAAAGGAAUCCCACAGCUCUGAAGUCCCCGCAUUACAGACCUGGUGCUUCUCCCUGCAGGUAACAUGUUCCUCCCUAACCCAGCGUCCUCUUGCUUCCAGAAGACAUUCCUGGUGGCUGCUUUGCCGUGGUCUCUCUGCCGGCAGUGUACUAAGUGUUGUCAAGUAGAAUUUCAAGACACUUACAACAUCCCUGCCUCUGUCCCUCUUUGGCACCAAUUUCCUUCCUUCCCCAGAUCAUAGCAAGAGCUGCCAUUAAGUCCAACGUGGCAUAAAGCAGUAUGCCACAGGCCAGCCCCUGUGGAGUUAGCGUGACUUUCCAUUCCAGAAGGGAACUCAGGGCAUGGAGAGACAUUGGUAGGUGCCUCAUUAUGCCUUGUGCUCUUCAGCUUUCCCCUGAGAAGUCACUUCUGGAAAGAAACACUGGCUACCCGAAGCCAUGGCUAGUGAGGGCCAGCUAAUUACAGGGACCUCCCAUCGUAGGAUCAGGUUGAGGUAAGACCUGGGAGCAGGAAUUACCUUAUCAAGGUAGAAAUACAUCAGCAGGCUUAGUCAUGAGCAAAGCUGUCCCCAGAUUUGCAAGAAAAAGACGGCUUAGUGGUGGAUGAUGUGAUGACUGCUCGGAGCCUGAAAAUACAUCGUGUGGCAUCCAGAAGCAGAAUUUUUUCAAGAACCAACAACAAUCUCUAAGGAUGUGUAAUUUGUUGAUUCCACCACUCAUUAGAAAGCCAGCUCCAGUGUGCAGGUCUUUGGAAUCACCUCAGGCGCCUAAAGAUUCUAUCUCCAGAGUCAGCAGUGGAGCCCAGGGAUCCUGCACUUACAACAAAUGCUCUCAGAGGAUUGUGGACACAGCAUGGCCUGGCACAUACCCUUAGUGGUGUGCUGGUGAAUGCUUGACAACUUGCUCUCGACGGGGGUAGGGUCCUGAUUUGCAGCCUUUGCUGAUUUCCAGGGUACAAAUGCUUGCACGGUAGCCAAUUUCAAGCUACCGAUGGGAAGAGUCUGAACUCGGAUCUGGGAAGAGAGACUCACAACUGGCUCUUGUAACUGGGACCCUCCUGAGAGACACAGCAAUGAAGUGAUAGGUCUUUGGGGGCAGAAGCAGGAGAGGAGGCUAGAUUCAAGGACUCUGCCCACUGCACCACACCAUACCUCCCUGUCCUCUUAGUAAGCAGAAAUCGUGACCGCAGAGCCCACGGGUGAGCCCCUCACACUAAUGGCUUUGACCACAGCCCAAACGAAAUCAGGAAGCAGAAAAGAAACAAACACUUGCAGUCUGUCUUUCCUUCCUCUUCACUUUGCAAUGGAGUCCUUAAGAAUGUGGUCCAGCUGGAGAAAAAAAACCUGAGUGCCCAACUCCUGGGGUUUGUGUUCUUUGAGGGGAAAGCGAAAGAGGCAAGGGAACAAUUCUGGGAAAUGUGGGCAGAGUCCUGGCAAAUUUCAGAGGCCAAAUAGAAGGCAUUUUCGCCAGCUGGCCCUGAACGAUUCUAUGCAGGGCCUCAGAGACACUGUGGCAGGAUGGGGACAGGGAGGCCAGCAGAGUGGUUGGUCAUGCUGGGACAAAGAGGACAAAGAGAAGGCUAUGGUUCCUCUUUUCGUGUUUCAUUCAGGGGCGGCAUAAGAAAACCACAGAUAUUAAGUUCACACGAAAACUACAUUAAAAAAAAUGAAAACAAAAGAAGCAUCUGAUCGGAUCCUCUAGAACUCUGGAAGUUUAGAGAUGGCCCUUAUUUAGAGACAUCCCCACACAUAGAGUCAUGUUUCUAAUUAUUCAGGCCUCUGCUGGCUCUUGCUUACUGAGAGCUCCAAUUCACAGAAUCAUGGAAUUAUAGAGUUCAUUGUAGAGAGAAGAAAAACCUGAGGCCCAGAGAGGUAAAAUAAUUUGCCCAAGAUCACACCGCUGUUCAUUCAGCAGCAGCUAGAAUUCAAAUGUCCUAGGUCUAGGCGGGGCCUGGACCUUUAUCUUAUCUAGACCCCUCGACCCUAUAAUGUAUUCUCUCUGAGUUAUCUUCUACUUAAAAUUACUGUAAAAAAAAUGCAUGGCUAUAAAAGAAAAUCUGCAAAAUAGAGACUAUUAAAAAAAUGACAGUAAACAUAACCAUCGUGUUACCAUCCACA